CUUUUCAUAUUAAAUUCAAUGAAAAGAGUUGAUUCGAUCGGUAAUUGAGCGACAUCGGAAAAAUUUCUUCGAGUUCUUUGAAUAAUCGCUCUUUGAAUUCUAAUAUAUUUUUUUUUUCUUUUUUUUUCUUUUUUUGUUCCCUUGUUGUUGUUCUUUCUUUUCAAACGUCAUACGAUAAUAAACUCGACGUAUAUAACUCGAUAAAAAAGAUUCAUACGUAGUAAAAAUAAUUCUGACGUAAGUGGGAACGGUGCAUUAUGCCGUCGUUGAAAACUUUUCGCGUAGAAUUUGAUAGGCCAACGGCUACGUAUCUAAGUGGCGAAAUUGUCAGUGGAAAUAUUAUUGUGGACGUAAUAAGAGAGAAAGAAAUUAGAGGAUUAAUUUUUAUUGCAACCGGCCAGGCUAAUGUAAGCUGGACCGAAUAUGAUCAUACAAGAAAAAAGAAGAAGCAUACCCAUAAUAUUAUCUAUAGCAAUUCAGAAAAAUAUUUCGAUUUUAAAUACAAUAUAAUUCCUAAGCACAAAUCUAAUUUACGGAUCAAAAUCCCCUUUGGAUAUCACAAGUAUCCAUUUAAUUUUCAAUUACCUCAUAAUAUACCAAGCAGUUUCGAGCAUAAAUAUGGACAUGUAAGAUAUACUAUAAAAGCCAUAAUGGAUAGACCAUGGAGAUUCGAUCAUCAAACCAAAAUAGCAUUCACAGUUAUUUCAACUUUGGACUUGAACGCACAUCGUGAAAAAUGCCUAGGAUUGGAUGAUGAAAUAAUAAAAAAUUUCUUUUUUUGCUGUUGCAAUCAAGGAUCAAUUAAUUUACAAAUUAGAGUACCAUCUUCUGGAUACGUUCCAGGCCAGUCAAUAAUCACAAUGAUGAAUUACGUGAAUUCCACAAAUAAUAUACAAAUAACGAAGAUCAGUACAAAAUUGUUACAAAAACUCAAAUUUUAUGCAUCUACGCCGCACACAAGAUUGAAUUUUAGUACUGUUGAAAUCGUAACUAAGGACACUUCAGAAUCGUUCCUGGCUCGUGGACAAACCAUAUCAGGGAUUUUAAUUCCACCUAUACCACCGUCCUAUUUGGAAUAUUGUAGCAUAAUAGAUUUGAAUUACGAAUUACUCGUUAUUGUACACGUUUCAGGACUGCAUUUUAAAAUGAAGAAAAAUUAUCCUCUUUUAAUCGGAACGAUACCACUCUAUUAUCCGCCUUCCGCACCAUCUCUGAACGAUAUAAAUGCAUCCACGACGACAUCAUUUCCAAUGCCGACACCAGGUCAAUUUGAUAGGUCGCAUCUUCCACCGGAAACUCGAACUAUUGCUUUCGUUUCUCCAGAACAACCCUUUGCUUCUUCAAGUAAUCUGGAUAUACCACCACCAUCCUAUGAAGAAUGCAUAUCUGGAACUCAGGAUAUCAUGGAUCAAAAUGAUUCGCAAUAUGUGUUUGGUGCGAAUACCCCUUGGGCACCUAGAUAUCCAGUAUUCAAUUAUCCACAAACAAAUAUAUAUUAAUGAACGAAAGAUAUAUUCAUAACGAAUAUAAUAUCUGCCAAAGUUUUAAACUCAAAAGAAAACAAGAACCAACAAAUAUGAAAUAUAAUCCAACAUAACAUAUAAUAUGUUAUUAGUAUGUUAUUAUAUCUCAAUAAAAAUAAGAUAUUUUUAUAUAAUUUUAUCAUCAAUUAAAUUCAUCACAAGGCACGAGGGAAAAGCAACAGUUUUACGAAAAUGAUAUAUUUACACAAUUUAUUUUUAUAUCUCAACAUCGCCAUAUUGUAAUCAUAAUCAUCAUCGAGUCAUAUUAUAAUUAGCAAAAAAAAACCGAUUAUUAUUUUUAAAAAGAUGAACAAGGAGAAUAAAGAAUUUCGCGACAAAAAGCAGCAGUACAAAAGGAAUGAGAGAUUCGUCGGUAAACUCCGAUAAAACAAUAGAUCGCAAAUCGGUCGUUCUCAAAAAGAUCUGAAUAAAGAGGAUAGUAAAAAACUUACAAUAGCUCCUGAGCGCGUCUGCUUGUGUAACUGGUUAAGAAUAUGGAGGAAAGUUAAUCAACAAGUUGCGAACAUAUUUCAGAUCAUCACUCAUAUAACAUCUUCUACUCUAUAAUGUAUACAAUUCAAGUUGACGCUUUAGGAAAUACACAUGGUACAAUUCGCACUGUAAUCACCAAAUGCCCGAUAAACGUGUCAUUGUAGGAACUGAACCCAACCAUCUUAAUGUUAAAGGCUGUCUUAAAUACAAUGAACAGACACGGUUGUCAUGCCUUUCUUUUCUUUUCUUUUCUUUUCUUUUCUAUUCAAGUAUGACUUGCUAUCGGAUGACUGUGAAAAAUUUUCUUUCAGCUUUAUUUUAUACUAUUAAAAAUAAACAAGUAAAAAGAU